UAAAAGCACUCGCUACAGAUAACAUCUUCCGUUAAACUAUUGAGAAUCGACUGACCAAAAAAUAUAGCCUGAGGGGGGAAACGUUGCAUACUUAUUCCCCGAUAAACGGAAUAAGAAUUUGGAUAGGCGUGGUCAGAUAUUGUCAUUUGUUAUGGCUGGGUUAGAUGGAGCCACCGAUAAGAUUGCCUGAUAAGGAAAUGGCUGAGAGGGUUCCACGCGUAUCGUGGGGAGAAACGGGACGAUGCCGUGCAAGAUGAAGAUAAACUAAGACAGUCAGCAUUUUAUAGGAAGCCUCGCUGAUGAUUUUCUGACUUUUAUGCCGACUAAGUUUAGGAAUUCGUCUCAGUUACUGAGGGGAUGAGCGGUGGAUAUCAGCUAUGCUUGUUUUUUUUUUCUUUGUAUACGCUUCUGCUCCAAGAAUCUGAUUUAAGGGUGAAGCGACUGAAAGGCAAACAGACAGCCUCAAGAAAAGCCCAAGAUAUCUACGCCCACAGGCACUUUUGCCACUGCUUUAAUCAAGAGGCCAUCAGGCGGAAUACAGUCAAUGUCUCAUUUAGCUGCUUUUAAGUUCGUUAUGACCGUUUCCCUUUGUCCGGGUUCAUUAGCUUCUUUCACGUUUCUGCAAUGUUCCAACAGGUCAGAAGAGUGAUGACCAUCCUGUUCCUUACUAUGGUUAUUUCAUACUUCAGUUGCAUGAGAGCUGCGCCCAUGAGAGAGGUUCCGGGCGUGCACGGGGGCCACCGAGCCGAGGGCUACCUGGAGGCCGCCGCCGCCGCCGCUGUGGCUUCGGCCGCCCGGGGCCACGGGACUCCACAGAGCGGGGGAGGGCUGCCCUCGCUCACGGACACUUUUGAGCAGGUGAUCGAGGAGCUGCUGGAGGUGGAAGGAGAGGCUGCGCAGCAUCUGGGUCCCAGGGCCGACCAGGGCCAGGGAGGGGGCGGUCCCGGGUCUCCCGCCGCCGCUGACUCGAAGGACGUCGACAUGUACGCCUCGCGGGUGAUGAUCAGCAACCAAGUGCCUUUGGAGCCGCCGCUCCUCUUUCUCUUGGAGGAAUACAAAAACUACUUGGACGCCGCCAACAUGUCGAUGCGCGUACGACGGCACUCGGACCCGGCGCGGCGCGGGGAGCUCAGCGUGUGCGACAGUAUUAGCCAGUGGGUGACGGCCGUGGACAAAAAGACGGCCAUCGAUAUGUCCGGCCAGACCGUCACCGUGCUGGAGAAGGUUCCGGUGGCCAAUGGUCAGCUGAAGCAAUACUUUUACGAGACCAAAUGCAACCCUCUAGGGUACACAAAGGAGGGUUGCCGGGGAAUAGACAAGCGGCACUAUAACUCGCAAUGCCGGACAACCCAGUCGUAUGUGCGAGCCCUCACCAUGGAUAGCAAAAGAAAGAUUGGCUGGAGGUUUAUACGGAUAGACACUUCUUGUGUAUGCACAUUGACCAUUAAGAGGGGGAGAUAGUGUACACAAUGUAUAGAUUUUAUUGAGAGUUCUAAAAAGAGAGAGAGAGAAGUAAUCUAUUUGUAUAUAUACAUAACAGGGUAAAUUAUUCCGUCAGAUGAAAAUUUUAUGGACUGCAUGUAAAAAAGAUGAAGUUUAUACAGUAAAAGUGAUACUACAGUCUAUUUAUUGAACAUAUUCAUGACCUUGUAAACAAUUAAAAAAAAAAUCUGAUCAGU